AUGGCGGAGCAUGCCGGAAAACCCGGCACCGGUCGGCUGGAGCAAUCUGCGCGGACAAGCGCCCUGCCGAACAAGUGUCGUGCGUGUAUAUUUGUGGAGCCGUGCCGAAGGAAGCGACCUUUAGGAUUUGUUGUCAAGAGGUGCACCGUGCGUGCGUCCUAUCGACGCCCGGCACGUGUGCUCGAGGCUUCGCAAUUUACGCAAAUCCGCGUUUCGAUCGGGGCACCCGUAACCAUGUGCCAGCCAUUCAUCUACGAGCAGCCUUUAGAGAGCAUCUGCUUUUAUUUCGCAGAAGCCAAAACACCCGGCGAGCGUGUCCCCCCAUCAAUACCGCCGCCUUUGCCUUUGUAUGGAGCGCCGGAACAACCAGAUACCGAAGCUACGGCCUCAAAAUUACGGCAAUGCCGCGCAACCGGCGACUCUUCCCUACCCAAAACCGAUCCGGCCGCUCUUGUUCCUUUAUGA